GUUAACGAAACCCGACUAACCCAGCCCCUAAUCAAUUUCUGCGUGAUUGUAUAUAUGGAUGAUAUUUUGGUCUUUUCGAAAACACACGAGUACCACGUGGAACACAUCGAGUGGGUUUUGCAUGCACUGAAAGAUGCUGGGUUCAAAGUGGCCUUUGAGAAAAGUGAGUUCUUCUUGUCGGAGAUUUCAUUCUUGGGGUAUAUCGUCACGGUCGACGGGCUAAAACCGGAUCCGAGGAAGGUGCCAGCAGUUCAAGACGCCCCGACGUCGGUCACACUCACCCAGGUCCGGGCUUUUCUGGGGCUGGCAUCCUAUUACCGACGCUUCAUCAAGGGGUUCGCCGGUAUAGCGAAGCCCCUCACGAUCCUGCUAAAGAAAGAGGAACAGCUGAUCUGGACGCCGGAAUGCGAGGCGGCGUUUCAGGCGUUGACGGAGGCUCUGACAUCUGCUCCUGUGUUGGCGCGUCCCGACCCGACAAGACCGUUCGCACUGUACACGGACUGGCAGCCUCAGGCGAUAUCGGCGGUGCUGACUCAGCACGGGAAGGACGAAAGGGAGCACGUCAUUGAGUAUGCGUCCAAGACGCUGAGCCAGGCGCAGGCUAAUUACGAAGCAUGCAAAGGUGAAUGCCUGGCGGUGGUGUGGGGGAUUCAGCACUUCCGACCGUAUCUGUACGGCCAGAAAUUCGUGCUGGUGAUGGAUCAUCAGCCGCUGCUGUCCCUACGCAACAACACGGACUACACGUGGACGCUGGGCAGGUGGGCGGUGCGUUUGCAAGACUAUGACUUCGACAUCCACCAUCGCGCCACGCGGCAGCAUGGUAACGCCGAUGGAUUAACGCGCCUCCUGCCGCCCAACAAGUGUCCCGCCAACGAGCGACUCAUUCCGUGGAGGCCAGAAGUCGCGGCUACGAAACCACACUAUGGGGAGCUAUACGUGCUGCCCGCUGCCCUUCGCCGACGAGGACGCGUGGGAGUUGCACCGUCGCUGUACAAGUCGGUGGCGCUGGGGAUGUUCCGGUUCUUCGUGGAUCACGAAGACCACGCUACCGGUGAGCACUUCGUCAUUUACUACGUCAUCACACGACCCAAGCCAGCGGAGAAGGAAGGGACGGUCGCGCUGUACCCAUUUGCCCAGCUCCAGACGAUCGAUCCAGGAUUUUUGGAGCUCAUACAUCUUGAGCUCCUCUCCAUCUCGCAAGUGAUCGCGAGCGAGGAGGAGGAGAUCCAACCACGACUGCGGACAGCGACGGCCCCGCGGAGAACGUACAAUGCGGUCGUCAUCCCGGAUUACAUUGCGCAGCGCGCGGAGAGAUUGGACGACUUCCCGGAGGAAAGGCCGUUGCGUCCUCCCUCAUCGUACUCUCGGCCAGCACCACCGAAGGCCCCCAAGAAGACGCCGAACAGGAAGAGACGCCACCCGUCGCCAGGAGCGCAAGGCAGCAGGAUCGGCGGCGGCGAGGAAGUGAUUCAGCCCGCGUGCGCGGCGACACUCGUUAAGGAGACUAUCGUGCCAUCGCCGCCCAUUCCGCGUGUGCCCGACCUCAAUCUUGAUGGAGCCGGGCCAUCAUCAACAACAGCAGCCGGAGGGGGAAGCCGAAUGGGAUUUCCGGAUCCCAUAUCCAGACCCCCCGUCCUCGCGGGACCUCUCCUCGACCGCGGGCUUAUCGGAUGGGGGAGGGCAGAUGGAAACAGGUCAAUGUUGGAAAUAUUGCAAUAUCCAGUUGUACAAGGUCAAGAGGAGGACGAGGAUGAGAAGCAGGACAGCCCAUCAGGACCACAGAAGGACGAUACGAACCAUACAAAAUCUGCUGCUGUUGGAAAUGCAUCCGUGGAGGUUAUGAGACUUGCAGCAGCACAAGCCGAUCCAAAUGCUGACCUGCAUUUUCUGGCAGAUGGUAUAGCAGAUGAAGGAGAGCCUGGAGAGGGAGAGGGAGCGGGAGAGGGAGAAGAUGAUGAUGACACCAACACAGAUGACAGCCUGAAGUCGCAGGGGCAACAAGCGGGUGGGAAGGGCACUGGAUCGUCGGAGGGUCCAGGUUCUGCCAGUGCGAUUGUGAUUAAUGAAGGGGGGCAUUUGCUUGGAGAGGAUGGAGAAAGAAGUGAGCUCCAGCGCAGGACCGCGGCAGCGGGAGGUGAUGCGUCGCGUAACACGGGCUCUCUGGAAAAACUGUCAGCAGAAAUUGCGAAUGCAGAGGGAAAAGAAGAUGCACGAUUCCCCACAGUGUCAGGCGGAGCCCUGAGCUUGCCGAGUCCAACGAGGACGAGGGGCAUGAGAACAGAAGGAGGAGGAGGUGGAGGAGGAGGUGGAGGAGGAGGAGGGGAAGGAGGAGGAGGAGGAGGCGGAAGAGGAGGUGAAGGAGGGGCAGGAGGAGGGAAGACAUGUGAAGGGGCAUGUCUUUCAUUUGACAACUGACGUCAUGCAAGUUCAUGGCAGAAAUAGACCCAUGCAGUGGCAUGCACCUACCCUAGACAGCCAGUCAGGUGCAGGCCCUGCAC